AAUUUCUUUCCAAAUUACUUUACACAUACAUAAAAAUACCAUUUAUCUUAAAUUGACAUUGUAUGUUGGUCACAUCUAAAAACCCACAUAAAGUUAUUAAAUAUGAAGCAAUCAUAUACAAUAUAGCAGUUUCAUAAAGCAUUUGUUUCAUGCUAAGCACCUUUGCAAUCAAGUGAUUUUCACAACAAUCAUUACUGUUUCUCUUUACAAGUUAAAAACUGGGCAGAGAUAAAAAUAAUUUGUCAUAAAUUAGGUAACUAACACAUAUUCACAACUGAAACAGAGAAUUAAGACUUACCAAAUGCAGAGACGACUGGCUUUCUCAACUCACACCACCAUGCUGGGGGGUACCAGGGGCACUCAAAUUCUUCCCAGGCAGUUACUGGACAGAACCUGCCAAAGACCAGGGUGACUGGUGACAUGAUCUUCAGAUACAAAUAGAAAGCAUUUAUUCCAUCAUUGCAAGAAAAAGUCCAAACACAUCAACUGGACAGUCCAGCAUGGUGUAUUGCACAUGACAUUAAACGACAAUGAAUUAUAUAGCAGAAAAAGAUUGUACAGCAGAAAAGACAAGGGUACACUUCCUUUUUCCUGCUAAUUUUUAAAUGCAUUGGAUGGACUGAAAAGGAAGUAACCAUUGAUCAAUGGUCAACAAUGCUGUCUACUUUCUGGAGGUGAUGUGACUUCCUGAAGACUAGAUGUAAGAUUUGACUUACUUUAUAGACUCUGAUGGAAUCUUCACUAGUCCCAUUCACUUUGAUUUUAAAAUAUUGAUUUUCUGUGGGGGACAGCAUAUACCACAAUGUAAAUUAUGUGCAAGGAAAAGUUAUUGAUAAAUAUUUUUAAAUGUAAAUAAAUAAUAGGAUGAAUGAAUUUAUGAAUUAAUCAAAGAGUAAAGAAACAGAAAAUGGCAUGCAUACAUCCAUGAAAUGAAUUAACUAAUGUCCAUUGUUUUAAAUGAAGUGGUUCAGCCCACCCUUAGGCCUGUCCACAUUGGGUUUAGAAGGAAGCCAAACCCCCAUGUACUAAAGAAAGAGGAGAAGUGUGGUCCAGAAGAAAAGUGGGACACGUGUAGCUCCAAUCUUCUCCAGAAAGACUAAUUUUUAUACCUCUCUGUCACAUCAUGACAAGAGGGAGAUUCAAAGGGGAAAAUGAAACCACCUUUUUCUAAUGACAUACUUGUGUCCUAGGCACAGUGUUAAGCACAUCACAAACACUGCUUCAUUUGAUCUAAAGAUCUCUGUGAAGUUCCUGCUAUUUUUGGUCUCAUUUUGCAAUUUGGAACGCAAGAGACACAAAAGUUAAAUAAUAUGUCCAGGGUUACACAGCCAAUAUAAGUAAUCACAAGCCCUGGAGACACUUUGGGGUAAUUCAUAAUCAAUUUUUUAAUGAUGGCUAGGAAAUAAGACAUUGAGAUCAGGAUCUUGGCUGGAAGCCAAAGAUGCCUCUGAAGAGUAUUGUAUUCUUCUAAAGCCUUUAGAACGGAGGCUACAUCUGAAGGUGGAAACCAACAAUUCCUGAGGGGGUGGACCAGGAGCUGGGCAAGAGCCUUCUUCUCCAACUGCUGAGGAACUGAGGAACUUUACCUGACUCCAGGUACCUGGACAAAGGCAUCCAUUUCUCCACAGUCAAUAAACCACGAACAAUAAUCAGGUAAUAAUAUCUACAUAAGCUUCUCUUUAGUGAUGAAAACUCAUAUACCUCAAGGAUUGGAGCAAAUUCAUGCAUCAGCAAUGUCCUUUAGAGACCGAGGAAUAACCUACAAGGGACUGGUUUCUGAAGGAGGAAAUAGGAAGAGAAAAUCUUAACCCUAAUUGAAUUAGUCAUUAAUAUGGGUUAAAUAAUGAUUUUUCUCACUAGUAAGUUUCCAAGACAAGAUUAUAAUUAAUUUUUUCCUAGACUCAUACCUCUAUGCACUGUGGCGCCUCCUAGGGUCAUCCUAGAAAGAGGCAGUGAAGGAGAGGAGACUUGAAGAUAGAGGCAUUAAUGGCCGGGAAACUCCCUGAUGUUUUUCUAUGUCUCUGUGUCCCCCAGGGUGUCGGAGAGGAGCCCGGCUCCAUGGAGCGCGGACCACCCAACAUGACGGUGUCCCUCACACCUGAAUAUCCAGGAUAUGGUUCUGACAAUUCAACGCAGAAUAGUGAAGGUGGUAGUUCUUCUGGAAGCCUUAAGUUAUAUUACUGGCUGGACCUCCUCUCUCUGCUCAUUGCCCUGUUUGGGUUGGUGGGGAACGGCGCUGUCCUGUGGCUUCUGGGCUUCCGCAUCCGGAGGAACCCCUUCUCUGUCUACAUCCUCAACCUGGCGGGGGCCGACGCCCUCUUCCUUUGUUUCUUCUUUCUUAGAUCCACACUUACACUUUUGAUAUAUGAUUCCGCUGUAACAUGGAAAAUUCUGUCAUUCCUGUCAUACAUGUCCUACACUGCGGGCCUGAGCCUCCUGGCCGCGAUCAGCACCGAGCGCUGUCUCUCCGCGCUCUUCCCCCUCUGGUACCGAUGUCGCCGCCCCAAGCACACGUCGGCCGCGGUCUGCGCCGGGAUCUGGGCUCUGGCCGGGAUGGUCUGGCCACUAUCUUUUUUUCUUUGGGUUCAUAACUUUGUGGUCUUCAUCACCAUCCUGGGUUCGUGGCUCCUCCUCCUCACCUGCGUCCUGUGCGUGUCCAGCCUGACUCUGCUGCUGAGGGUCCAGUGCAGGUCCUUGCGCCGGCGGCCCCCCAAUCUCUACCUCCUAGUGCUCCUCACGGUCCUCGUGUUCCUGCUCUGCGGCCUGCCCUGGGGGGUUGGGGAUUUCAUGCCUUUUUACUCCAAGGUAGGCCUCCUGCGUGUUUGGCUCUAUGACCUCCUGGCCUGUGUGAACAGCAGUGUGAAUCCCCUCAUUUACUUCUUCGUGGGCAGACUAGGAAAUAGGAGGAGGGAGCCUCUCAGGGAGGUGCUCCAGAGGGCCCUUGGGGAUGAGCAGGAAUUAGGAGGUGGGACAACAAACACUCCCCACACCAGCAGCGCAGAGACUACACUCUGAGCCUAAGAAGAUGUUCAGACACAGCAGCCCUGGAAAGCAGCCCCCUGCCCCAGGCCUAGUAGCAGCUCCCCCCUCUCUGGGAGGAAAAUCAGGAUUCUCCUUCCAUUAUUUAAUGUGGAUACCUAAGAUGUGAACUCUAGGCAAUGAACAUUUAUUAGAUGCCUGUUGUAUACCAGGCAGCUGGAUAUCGAAAAAGGACAGAAUUCCAAGGCCUGGAAUGGGAAGAACUGAGGUCACAUCUAGUCUGAGAAUGUAGCUGUAUAACCCUGCUACAGAGUAACUCUGCUACAAGUCACUCAAUUCUGCCUGAAUUUCCUCAUGU